AUGGCACUUUUAACACCGUACUGGGGACUAGAUGUCAUCAUACUGUUCGCAUCCCUUAUAGUGGCCGCAGUCAUGUAUGCGACCAGGAAUUUUAAAUACUGGCAAAAGAGAGGCGUCCUGGAAUUUCCACCGAUGCCGUUCGUCGGAAAUUUCGCAGAAUGUAUGUUAAUGAAGAAAACACCGGCGGAUUUCGUGAAGGAUAUGUACGAUAAGUCCAAGGGACUACGUUACAUGGGAUUCUACAUUUUCGACAAGCCAUUCUUACUAAUACGGGAUCCUGAACUUGUGAAACAUGUCCUGGUGAAAGAUUUCAACGUCUUCUGCGAUAGAUAUGCUUCGUCGAAUGUGAACGACCGACUUGGAUACGUAAACGGUUUCACGAUAAAAAAUCCCGCCUGGAAGACACUUAGAGCAAAGAUAACACCAGCCUUUACCGCCGGAAAACUGAGGAAAAUGUUCCAGCUGAUGACUGUGAUCGCCGACGAUCUAGACGAUUAUCUUGAUUCGCAGAAGCUAGAAAAUGGUAAAGUGCUGGAGAUAAAAGAUCUUUGUACGAACUUUACCAUAGACCUGAUUGCUAGCACUGGUUUCGGUCUGCAAGUGAAUUCAAUAAAAGAUAGUAACGCACCCUUCCGAAAGUAUGGCAAAAAAAUAUUCGGUCGCGGUAUAGUUCGUGGCCUAGAAUUUCUUAUCAUAUUCUUCAUGCCGCAAUUAUGCAAAUACCUACCCGUGCAAUUCUACGGGAAGGAAACCACUGUAUUCUUUCGGACCGUAUUAUGGGAAGUGAUCAAUGAACGCAUAAAAUCUGGACAGAAAAGGAACGACUUCGUCGAUCUUCUGAUCGAGUUAUACAAAACGCACGAGAAGGAUGGCGACCUCGGUGGAUUUCAAUUUAGCGGCGACGAUUUAGUCGGACCGGCAGCUGGCUUUUUCACUGGCGGUUUCGAAACUUCGUCCACCGCCAUGUCUUUCAGCCUUUACGAGCUUGCGUUAAACAUGGACGUGCAGAGGGCCCUGAGGAAAGAGAUCCUCCAAGCUCUCGAAGAAAGCGGUGGAAAACUUACUUUUGAUAUGGUUUCAGGUCUACCAUUACUAGAUAUGGUUUUCUCAGAAACCCUCCGCAUGUAUCCACCACUGGGAUUUCUGGAACGUGUCGGUGUAACCGAUUAUAAAAUCCCAAAUUCAGAUUUAAUACUCGAGAAAGGCAUACCGGUAUACAUGUCUAUGACCGGACUGCAGUACGACCCAGAAUACUAUUCCGAUCCAAUGAAAUUUAAUCCCAUGAGAUUUAGCAAGGAGAACGCUGAAAAGAUACGGAAUUUCACUUACAUCCCCUUCGGCGAGGGACCACACAACUGCACCGGAAUGCGACUGGGGCAGUUGCAAACCAAGCUUGGACUCAUUCAAGUUCUGAGAAAAUACGAGGUGACAACUUGCGACAAGACACUAAUUCCGAUGGUUCUGGAUCCAAAAGGAUUCAGCGCGCAGCCGAUAGGAGGACUAUAUUUGAAUGUCCAGAAGGUCACUACUGAAGCUGGUUAA